AUGGCACUGGCUCGUAAAGAGUACAUUCGUGGCCACGACGACAUUCUGGAGACCUGGUUUCUCCCACCUCCCAAUUUGCCACCCCUAUUCGUCUGGCGCUCUCAGAGGGCUAAUCAGUUCGAAAAUUAUGAAGGGGAUCGCAACAACCCAAUGAAUCGAGAUCAAGAUAUCCCCGAAAGUGAGACCACUUCGCUCUUCGUCUACAACCUGCCAGCCGACUGCUCAGCCAAAGACCUCUUAAAGUCGAUCCGAGGCUUCGGCAAGAUCUUUUUCGUUCACCUCAACCCCCCUAAGGGAAUGUGGCCAACGGUAGCAGCCAAGGUUGUUUUCUGGGAACACGAAGGCGCGCGAGGCUACCUUGAGGCGUCCCAGAAACGUCAAAUCCCUAUCGCCGGGCGCUUCGUCCGUGCAAUGUGGAACCGAAUUAGAACCCGAGGACAGCCCUGGAAGGACUGUUCUCGAGUAAUUCGAAUUAAGGGGCCUUCCGAAGUAGUCUCGAUGGAAUUUCUAGAACCUAUCUUUAAGACGAGAUUCCAAUACGUCUUGGACGAAGUAAUUUCAGAGUUUGAUAAUGAGGUCGAUAUAAUUGAAUUAGAGAUUCGAUUUAGCUCUUAUCGAGCACAGGCUGCUACCGCGUGGCAGCAAAUCCGCGAGCUUCGAGCAGGGCUUACCACGCCUGAAAUCAACGAUAUUGUCACAGCUCGUCAACUCGAGCUACUUCGUAGCGCAGCUAUAAGCUGGGGCAAAGACCCCUGCCAGAGAUCUACUGGUGGCGGACCUGCCUAA